AUGGAGACCCGCAAACGCGGCAUUUUGCGCAACCCGGCAUGCCGGAGUAUUGUUCAUACCGUUGAUGAACUCGACCUAAGCCCAACACACCGGAAACCCCUGGAGAUGUUUCUACACUUCGUAGCUGGCCAUGCUGGUCUUCAGGACCAUGAAUCCGCAUUUACAUUUCACGCCAAUAAGAGCUGGGAGCCUCAUCUGACUUGGAGUUCUGGGCAGCGCAGCCGGGCCCAGACUUACUGCAAGUGUAUCGGACCGGCGAUUGAGCUCCUGCAUGUAGCCUUCAUCGAUGUCGACAAGAAACGGUUUACGAAUCGUCACCGAGAGGCGCUGCAGGACAAUCCAAUCACUUCAGACAGCUUUUACUCCUUCCCGGAUCAGGCCGCAUGCAAUUCAGAAGACGAAAACAUCAAAGCAGUCAUUGGUCGCAUGCUCGACAAAUCCGUCUCGGUGAAACGGGAUAUACAUUGCAUUUCUCGAUUCCCACGUCAGACGUCAGCAACCCUCAUCACCACAGGACCUUUCGCACUAUUGUUCCAAGACGUUUUUGCGAGGCACUGCUCGACACAGCUAGAUCCGCCUGUCUUCCAAGUGACUAGAUACGAGGAAGGCCCCAACACUUGGGACCCGACUGGUAUGCGGCCAAUUAACCAGUUUCUCGGCAUGGGUCGGUUCAACACAGAAGACCCGAUCUUUGGCCCGAAAACAUGGGUACGGCGUAUUGCCCGGCUCAACGGAAGGUUGUUGAUGGACGCUUUGCUACAUUCGGCAGAUCCGUCUUUCCGAUUACUCUCUUUCCAAGAACCCAACUGGAGAUUUCUGAAAGACUCUCUUCCAAGCAUCGAGCUUCGAGAGAAACCUUCGAGUGGUACCGUCUGCUUCCUAGAUAGAUUCCUGCGACGCAAGUCCCGCUUUAGCAAGGUGCAUAUCUGA